UUGUCUGAAUCGAAGUCGAAAACUUUGAGAAGAAGUCACGUUGGAAGUCCUGCGGCACAAAAUUCAGCAAACCGCCUCUCCUUUCCAUCUUUUAAAGAUUUUGAUUUUUCUCUCUAAAACCUCAAACUCGCCGUCUCCACUGACUCGAACCUGAUUCACCCAACUCUCUUUUUCUCUCAUUCUCCAUCCUCUUCAUCUUGUUCCGAAAUUUGUUUCCGAUCACCGGACGGUGAAGCAGCUGUUCCACCGGUCUUCAGAGAUAGUUCAAUCGCCGGCGAGUGAUUUUCCGUUGGCUGCGUUAAUCUAUCUAGACAGACCCCUUUUGGUUGAGAGGGGUUUCAUCUUGUUCGGAAAUGCUGGAUGUUGGUCGGAGAACUCUCGGAGAAUGGUAGGUGGAUGGGGGUAAUAAAGCUAUUUGACCGGUAGAGAGAGAGAGAGAGAGAGAGAGAGAUUGGGGGAAAAAGCCCUAGAAUCAAAUGAACUGUCGCCACCCCAUCUAAAAGGAUUCCUCGAUUUGAAGUUGAAAUACUUGGAUUUCCCUUUCUUUCCUCUUUUGCUCUCGAUUAUUGAAUUUCAAUUCGGAUUUGUGAAAUUUUUCCUGUAAAAUCAUGUCGGCCGAUGUAGAAGAUUCGUCUAUAGCUUCCAUAGAGGGUAGCGUUUCUUCUCCUGGAGCGAAAUCUGCUACUAAGAAGAAGCGAAAUCUUCCCGGAAUGCCAGAUCCGGAGGCAGAAGUAAUAGCUUUGUCUCCGAAGACCCUUUUGGCCACGAAUCGAUUUGUUUGCGAGAUUUGCAACAAGGGGUUUCAGAGGGAUCAGAAUCUGCAGCUUCACCGGCGAGGACACAAUCUUCCAUGGAAGCUCCGGCAGAGGUCAAGUAAGGAGGUCAAGAAGAAGGUCUAUGUCUGCCCUGAGAGUUCAUGUGUUCAUCACGAUCCCUCUAGAGCUCUCGGUGAUCUGACUGGGAUUAAAAAGCACUUUUGCAGAAAGCAUGGCGAGAAGAAAUGGAAAUGCGAUAAGUGUUCUAAAAAAUACGCCGUUCAGUCCGAUUGGAAAGCCCACUCCAAAAUUUGUGGCACUCGCGAGUAUAAAUGCGAUUGUGGGACUUUGUUUAACAGGAGGGAUAGCUUCAUUACACAUAGAGCUUUCUGUGAUGCAUUGGCGGAGGAAAGGGCAAAAGCUCAGCUUAAGCCGGUGGACGAACCGGAUUUGGAUCCAGACAUAGGCGAUUCUCAAACGACGGUGGCGAAACCCAAUCCGGAGCCUUCUCCACUAUCGCCACCGCCUCCAUCUCCGCAGUCAACGGGUGAGCCAACAACUGUGCUGCCUGUUCCAAAUCAAGAGCUGCCAGAGAUUCCCUUGCAAUAUAUCGAAGAGGCACCGGGUAUGGCGGCUACGAGCGGGAGCAGCAGCAGCAGCAGCAAGAGUGCGAGCAGCAAUAGUAGCACGAGAAGUAGCGGAUUUGCUGGCUUAUUUGCUUCUUCAACUACGUCGAUAAGCCUCCAACCUCCAAGACCUCCAUUUACGAACCUAAUGCAAGCCAUGGCUUGUUCAGAUCGUUCAUCAGACUAUGCACCAUCUUCAACCAUUGAACCUAUUUCUCUAUGUCUUGCAAUGAAUCAAGGGCCUCCGAUGUUCGGAACCGCCAGCCAAGACCUCCGACCGUACGUACCAAUGCCACACCCUGCAAUGUCCGCUACAGCAUUACUCCAAAGAGCUGCUCAAAUGGGUGCAGCAGCAUCAAGUGCGUCGUUGCUUCGUGGCUUGGGGUUAGUAUCAUCUUCCUCUUCAGCUGCUCAGCAAGAGAGCUUGCCAUGGAACCACCAGAGACAAGUCGAACCAGAUGGCGUCUCGAUCGCUGCAGGGCUUGGCCUCGGACUCCCCUGCGAUGGAAACUCGGGAUUGAAGGAACUAAUAAGGGGAAACCAUUCCAUGUUUGCUCCAAAACACACCACCCUUGAUUUCCUUGGAUUGGGAAUGGCAGCUGGGGGCAGCCCCAACAGUGGCCUGGCUGCACUAAUAACCUCAGUAGGCAGCAGCGUCGACGUCACAACAACCGCUCAAUCAUACCCAGGCGGCGGCAGCGGCGGAGACAUAUCAGGCCGCCAGGAUAUGAACAGAAGCAACUGAAACUGGAAGAGAAGAGAAGCUCUUCUCCUUUGUGUUUGUAAGUUAUAAACACAUUUGAUUUUGUAAACAUUUGCGGUCGCUUUUGCUUUAGAAACAGUAGCGACAUGGAUGCCAUGGCUGCUAUAUUUAUGUAAAGAUCAUUAGAUCGUCCAGUAAAAUUAAAUUCCUCAACUCAUCUCAGUUCAUGAA